UACCUGUUCCUGGUGGCGUUCGCGUGGAUGUGCGUGGAGGGCCUCCACCUACAUGUGAUGGUGAGGAACCUACAGCGCAUCAACGCGGCGGGUGCCCACCGGGCUCUGCGCUGGUUCAUGUACCCCUUCAGCUACGGGCUGCCCGCCAUCAUCGUGGUCGUGUCCGCGGCAACAAACCCCGGCGGCUACGGAUCAAGCCAGCACUGCUGGUUGUCAAUUGAUAAAGGACUUAUCUGGAGUUUCAUUGCCCCAGUCUGUGCCAUCAUUCUGUUUAACACGGUUCUGUUCAUCGUGACGCUCAGGAUGCUGAGACGACAGAUCACGCGGCUCAACACGCAGGUCACAAAGAUCAAGGACACGAGGAUGCUGACGGUGAAGGCCAUCGCUCAAUGCCUGGUGCUGGGCUGUACCUGGAUCCUCAGCCUCUUCCACUUCCAGGACUCCACCACCGUGCUGACCUACAUGUUCACCAUCAUCCACAGCCUGCAGGGGACGCUCAUCUUCCUCAUUCUCUGUGUCUUCAACCCGCAGGUGAGGGAGGGCUACCGGAGUUGCUGGGACAGAGCAUGUGGUGACUGGAGGAGCAGCUACACCGACACAGCCUCGACCAGCCAGCCGCUGACCAAAUCCUCGGGAGCGGGUCUGCUUGUUCCAACAGAUCUAGAAGGUGCAGUAGAAUCGCGUGACGUGGAGGCCUGUGGUGAGGUACGAGACCUGGAUGUGACUGAUGUCCUGGCCUAUAUCAACGUGAAGCCCAUCGUCGUUCUGCCACCCCCCCCUCUCCCACGGCCGCCCCUCCCCCAGGACUACUCCCGCAGAUCUCUCCUUCGCCCAGAUGUUUACAAGCAUUUUCCAGAUGUGGCUCGCUGA